AUGGGUGGAAACUCUGGGUUGCUAGAGGAGACAGUUAAUGCUACUUCUUUCUGUUUUCUUCCAAAGGGUUAUCAUCCUUCAGUGUUCUUGAGGAACCACAGCACCAUAACUGGGUUCCUCCUCCUUGGGCUGCCUACUGAUCAUCCCAGCCAGGCCCUACUCUUUAUGCUUUUCCUGGUAAUUUACCUCCUGACUCUGUCAGGGAACCUAUUGCUGAUCCUGGUGAUCAGGGCCAGCUCUCACCCUCACACCCCCAUGUACUUCUUCUUGAGUCAGCUCUCCUUCCUGGAUGUCUGUUACUCUUCAGUCAUAGUGCCCAAGAUGUUAGAGAACCUCCUGUCUGAGAAGAAAACCAUCUCCAUAGAGGACUGUUUGACAAAGGCCUUCUUCGUGUUUGACUCUGGGGGAACAGAGAUCUGCCUCCUUGCAGUGAUGGCCUAUGACCGCUAUGCUGCCAUCUGCCACCCUCUACACUAUGGUCAGAUGAUGAGUGAUGAGCUGUGUGUGGGGCUGGUGGUGGGAUCCUGGGGCCUGGCCUUUCUGGAUGCUCUCAUCAAUACCAUCCUAGCUUGGAAGUUAGACUUCUGUCAGACUCGAGUCAUCUCCAACUUCCUUUGUGAGAUACCUUCUCUGUUCCCCCUCUCCUGUUCCAACAGCUCCAAUAACUUUGCUGUCCUUCUCUGCUGUGUCUUCCUGUAUGCCUUUGGGACCUUCCUCCUGGUUUUCUACUCUUAUGCCCGCAUUGUCUCCACCAUCCUGAGCAUCAGCUCCACCUCAGGCAGAAGCAAGGCCUUCUCCACCUGCUCCUCCCACAUCACUGCAGUGACCAUACUUUAUGGUUCAGGCAUCCUUCGCCAUCUUAUGCCCACCUCAGGUUCCCCAUGGGAGUUGGUUUUCUCCAUGCAGUACAGUGUGCUCACUCCCCUACUGAAUCCCCUUGUCUAUACCUUCAAGAACAAAGAAGUGAAAGCAGGUCUGAAAACCAUGUUGCAAAAAAGUUUAAAUCUUUUUUAG